CGCAACAAUUUUCCUCCAGAAAAGAAGUUUUGAUUUCUGCGAGGUAAGGUACUUGUUCUGAUAUUGAUUGAUCAAUCCGAGUUCUCGGCGAUGCCAAACGAUUUUUAGCAAUCCACGCGAGGUAUGCUGCGCAUUGCGUCCACGACUGAUCAACGCUUUCUCCAUCGGUUAACUGCCACAGCCCACGGAUGAUGAGUUUGGCGGAUUGUCAUCUUCUUGGUCCAUAGGAGAGUUAGUUACAAGAAGAUGGGUUCCGUCGUGGGCACAGCGGCGAACGGCGUCGGCACGCUCAUCGGCAAUGCCUUCACCGCGCCCUUGAGGGCUGUCUUCAGCGCGUCCUGCGAGGGCGUUUGUUCGGGGACGUGGGAUGUGGCCUGCUUCCUGGAGCACUUGUGCGUCGCCAGUUUAGGCAGGCUGUUCAUGGUUCUGGUCCUCGUCUACAUCAUGCUCUUCUUCGUGUACCUCAUGUGCAAAGUAGGCAUCAUCCAGUGCGUGGCGAAGAACAGCUGCAAGAUGGCCGCGGCGGCAUGCUCGUCCUGCUGCCACGCGCUGACGGACACGUCCUGCUUCCUCUGGCGCAAGCUGCGUGACACGAAGCGCGUGUACCGCGGUCGUCGCCGCCGUCGGCCUCCGGACAUUGAACGGGGCUCCGCCGGCUCAAGCACGGACGAGGAGGAGGACUCGUACGAUAGUGAUCACGACCGUACUGGAAGGGGUGCAAGCAGAUGGAGAGUGGGGUCGUCGUCGGUGAGGGAGAGGAGGAAGGACAGGCUGCGGCAGUCGCUGCGCCUGAGGAGGCUGACCUCGAAAAAAGAGCAGUAUGCCAAGGUGAGAAGCCAUGGGAGCGGAAGGCACCAUCAGCACGGCCGUGUAGGCUUGGAUCGAACAGAGGUGCCGUCCACGUCGCUGCGUGUCCAUGGCUCGCCGAAGCGCAGAGCGCGGGCAUAGAUGAAAUACAUCCUUAAUACAUUAACAAGUGGAAUUGCACUGACGCCAUAUAGCCCCUAUAGCUCAGUGGUAGAGCGUCAGUCUUGUAAAC